AUGCAGAAAGUAACGAUAAAAAUGCCGAACGACGGAGAUGUGUGCUCCAGGCGACUGUUGAAGCAACACCGAGACUGCUGUACUUCGUUCUGGGAAACAAACCCGAACCAGCCGACGAUCCCCCUCCUUUACAGAAAUGUUUACAUCGCCGGUCUUCCACCGUUCACUAUGGUGCAAAAUAAUGUGUCCUUGGUACCGCUAAUCGACUCACAAUCGACUGUAAUGAAUACAGAAAUAGUAGUGAUAAAGAUUCAUACACGUGAAGUGAUAAGUGACUCAAGACAUUUAAAAAAAAACGUGAUUCUGGUCAUGUAUACGUCACUCCGGAAGAAGAACGUUGACCUUCGACAUGUUGAGGACCCUUUGGUACUUGAUGGAGUGACUAGCUUGCGUAACAUUUCUUCCAUUCCAACUAGAAUAAAGAUAUACACAAGGGUAUCGGCAUUAUUCGCAAGUGAUUUGCGUAUUAAAAAAUUCUUCACGUCUGCAGGUCUCGAGGAAUGUCCGAUGGUCUUGCCCGGUCAACAUAUCUCUACAUUCCUCGAUAGACAAAUAACAACGUGGAAAAAUCAAUAAUGAAUGUCACCACCAUUACCCUCUCCCUGGAUUCAUCAUAAAUAAAUGAGUCGUAAAUUAAUAUUCGCGGUGUAAAUCGGUAAAGGACUUCGCAAGGACGGUAAACCUGAAGACCCAUCCAUAAAUUUACAGAAUGACCCAUUGGAUUUUUUUCUUCAAAUUUUCCCUCAGAAAAAUGCGGAGAGUAAUGUCCUACUGAUAACAGGAGUAUUGUAAUUACCAGUGCACACCCGCGGCUUUAGAUAAGACACAAGCUGUCUGAGCCUUAUCAGCACGCAGGAGAUCUUCAAGUCAUCAGCGAUCUUUCGGUCGUUCUCAUCGCGAUGUUUCAACACUUUACUUCUUCGCGGAUGAGCGCUUCCGCAUCGAUUGUACGUAAUCGAGCAAUCGAUGAAUACGCACCAGUGGUAACUCAUCGGCUCAUGAUUAUGCACACGUUGGUGGACUCGCACGUGUGCUUCUGACCUCGCGACGCCUUGGAAUGCACCCGCUUACUUUAUGCUUUAGCCCGUGGGGAUUAUUGUUGAGAUUGAGUGGCGGUCUUGGUACCGCUGUAUUUGGGGGAACAACUAAGAUGGCUCAAUUUAUUGAAUGGAAAUCAGUUUUUGUGGAGUGAACAGUGAGAAGGAAAUCAUCUACACUUCUUUAUCAAGUCGCUAUUGUUCUCCAGCAAAAAAAGCUUUUAGUCCAUACUGUUAAAUCCAAGUAUUUAAUUGCUACAUAAGAGGUGUUAAACCCGUAUAUGUUGUUAAUUUAUCAAUAUCAAAUUGUUAAAAUAUUAAAAUUUUAAACAAAUUUAAAAAUAUUAAAAUGUAUUUAUAGAAUCAAAAGGGGUGAAGAGGAGUGAAAAAGACCGGUGAUGAUGUAAAACAAAGAAAAACUUUUGUAACAUCAAAGAUGAAUAAAUUGCAUUGAAUAAUUGUUA